UCCCCGCCCCCUUCACUUCCAGCCGCUCGCCCGCUGCUGCCAGCUUUCACCGCCGCAGCUGCCAUGGCUAACUACAUCCACGUCCCGCCCGGCGCCCCCGAGGUGCCCAAGCUGGACAUCACGGUGCGUGAGCAGGAGGGGCCCGGCUGCCGCCCGGGCGCCCUGCGCCUGCUGCGCCGCCUGCGCCCGCACUGGAGACCCGAGGAGGUGACGCUGCAGUUGUUCACAGAUGGAAUCACCAAUAAACUUAUUGGCUGCUAUGUGGGAGAUGAGAUGGAUGAUGUGGUCUUAGUUAGAAUCUAUGGGAACAAGACCGAACUCUUAGUAGACCGGGAUGAGGAAGUGAAGAGUUUCCGAGUGUUGCAGGCCCAUGGCUGUGCACCGCAGCUGUACUGCACUUUCAAUAAUGGUCUAUGCUACGAGUUCAUGCAGGGAGAAGCACUGGAUCCAGAGCAUGUUUGCAAUCCUGAUAUUUUCAGACUUAUAGCCAGGCAACUCGCUAAAAUCCAUACUAUUCAUGCACAUAAUGGAUGGAUCCCCAAAUCUAACAUGUGGCUGAAGAUGGGGAAGUAUUUCUCUCUCAUACCCACAGAAUUUACAGAUGAGGCAGUAAAUAAAAGGUUCUUAAGUGAUGUUCCAAGUCCUCAAGUCCUUCAGGAAGAAAUGGCCUGGAUGAAGGAGAAACUGUCAAAUCUAGGAUCACCAGUGGUUCUCUGUCAUAAUGACCUGUUGUGUAAGAAUAUUAUCUACAACAAGAAACAAGAAUGGAGGAAAAACAAUCCCAGCAGUACCUCACUUAUGAGCAAUCCUACAAUAACCAGUGAUGUACAGUUCAUUGAUUAUGAAUAUUCUGGAUACAACUACCUGGCAUACGAUAUUGGAAAUCAUUUCAAUGAGUUUGCAGGGGUGAAUGAGGUAGACUAUAGCCUUUAUCCCAGUAGGGAAUUACAGGAGCAGUGGCUGAGAUCUUACCUUGAAGCCUACAAGGAGUAUAAAGGAUUUGGCACAGAUGUUACUGACAAGGAGGUUGAAGUGUUGUAUGUUCAAGUAAAUCAGUUUGCUUUGGCUUCUCAUUUCUUUUGGGGACUUUGGGCUUUAAUUCAAGCCAAAUAUUCUACCAUUGACUUUGAUUUUCUAGGGUAUGCAAUAGUUCGUUUUAACCAGUAUUUCAAAAUGAAGCCAGAGGUCACAGCAUUAAAACUUCCUGAGUAAUGAAGAAGGAACUUAAAAUGAAGAAGCAAUCCUAGAGAAUAACUACUUUUUUUUUUUUCUGAGAACAGAUACUGGAAAAAGCUAAACAUUUGUUAAAGUACUAUAAUGUUCACUUGGUUGUUUUGCUUUACAAAUGAUGCCUCUAAAACAGUCUUUUAAUGUUAAAUCUAAUGAAGAGCAUACCUACUGCUGUUGAUGUAAAAUGGAUUAGAAAUUUGCUAAAUCUAUAAAAAGUUUGUAGAGAUGGCAAGGUAAUCCUUUCUUUUGUAAUUUAACAGGUUGUAUGUGAAUUAUUUAUUAUGAGUUUAACAUGAUUCCAUUGCUGCUUUCAUCACUUUCUGUAAGAGUUGAGUGGAGACAGUGAAAUUGUUCCAAAGGAUUUGUUUUUAGCAUUUAUUUUAUUAAAGUAACGUUAACUUAUAUUAAACUGUACAUGGUCAGAAAACUUUUAAUCUUUGAACUGUAUACAAAAAGUAUGUGAAUGGUAGUACACAGUAAUUAGGGGAAGGAAGAGGAAGAUAAAAAGCAGCUUUCCACAUCAUGGUACUUUUUAUAAAGAGGUUUCCCUGUCUGUUGUGAUGGAUAAAUGCCAAUAUUUUGAUUUCCCUCCCCCCUUCUGCUUAGUGUACUACUCUGUAGAACUGUGAAGGUUUUGUGACCCUCUGAUUAUUCAGGAAUAUGUACCAUCGCACAGUGUCUAACAGGAAGUGUACCAAACUGACUAAGGUGGAAGGAUUUCUUGUUUUGGUAAAUGUACAUUUUUUUUAAAAAAAAAAGACCACUAUUUUAACAUCUCAAGUUAUUCCUUCCCAUUAAAAAAAGUUUUUCAAAACUGUUUGAACACUA